CCGUUCUUUCUAUUUGUUUUCUCUUGCCAAGUUGCCAUACCAUCAUCUUCUCUCUCUCUCUCUCCGAGGGUCCGAGUCCAAGGCGUCUUCGUAUACGUCUUUGGCUCUUUGCGCGCUGUUCGCCUCUCUCACUCUCUAUUUUUCCAGACAAGACUUUUAAAAGACUCAAGAGCUACUCAGCAACAUCAACAGAGCAGGAAAAUGAGAGAGUGCAUUUCCGUUCACAUCGGUCAGGCUGGUAUCCAGGUUGGAAAUGCUUGCUGGGAGCUUUAUUGUCUUGAACAUGGUAUCCAGCCUGAUGGACAAAUGCCCGGUGACAAAACCGUUGGAGGAGGAGAUGAUGCCUUCAACACGUUUUUCAGCGAGACAGGGGCGGGGAAGCACGUUCCCCGUGCUGUGUUCCUGGAUCUUGAGCCCACUGUCAUCGAUGAGGUGCGAACUGGUAACUAUCGCCAACUCUUCCAUCCCGAGCAACUCAUCAGUGGCAAAGAAGACGCGGCCAAUAACUUUGCCAGAGGCCAUUACACAAUUGGGAAAGAAAUUGUUGAUUUGUGCUUGGACCGCAUCAGGAAGCUAGCAGAUAACUGCACGGGACUCCAAGGUUUUCUCGUUUUCCAUGCUGUUGGUGGUGGGACUGGCUCUGGUCUAGGCUCCCUGUUGCUUGAAAGACUUUCGGUUGAUUACGGCAAGAAAUCCAAGCUCGGCUUCACGGUGUACCCAUCCCCUCAGGUUUCGACCUCUGUUGUCGAACCUUACAACAGUGUCUUGUCAACUCACUCUCUUCUGGAGCACACCGAUGUGGCUAUACUCCUCGACAAUGAAGCUAUCUAUGACAUCUGCCGUCGGUCACUGGACAUUGAAAGACCAACUUAUACCAAUCUCAACAGGCUGGUCUCUCAGGUUAUUUCCUCACUGACAGCCUCUCUCCGUUUUGAUGGAGCUCUGAACGUGGAUGUUACAGAAUUCCAAACCAACUUGGUCCCAUACCCACGAAUCCAUUUCAUGCUCUCUUCAUAUGCCCCUGUUAUCUCAGCGGAAAAGGCGUAUCAUGAACAACUUUCGGUGGCAGAGAUCACCAAUAGUGCAUUUGAGCCAUCAUCCAUGAUGGCAAAAUGUGACCCUCGCCAUGGGAAAUACAUGGCAUGCUGUUUAAUGUACAGAGGAGACGUCGUUCCAAAGGACGUCAAUGCUGCCGUGGCCACAAUCAAAACCAAGAGGACUAUCCAGUUUGUAGAUUGGUGCCCGACUGGUUUCAAGUGUGGAAUUAAUUACCAACCACCAACAGUUGUCCCUGGUGGGGACUUGGCCAAGGUCCAGAGGGCAGUUUGUAUGAUCUCAAACUCAACUAGUGUUGCAGAGGUUUUCUCAAGAAUUGAUCACAAAUUUGAUCUCAUGUAUGCCAAGCGUGCUUUUGUGCAUUGGUACGUUGGUGAGGGAAUGGAGGAAGGAGAAUUCUCAGAAGCCCGUGAAGAUCUUGCUGCUCUUGAAAAGGAUUAUGAGGAAGUUGGUGCCGAGUCUGCAGAAGGAGAGGACGACGAAGGUGAUGAGUACUAAAUAAAUAUGCUCGAGUGAUUCUCUAACAAUUGGAGAAAAUGUAGGUAAUUUUAGAAAUAGUUAGAUGGAUUCUCUGUAUUUGGAACUUGAUACCAAUACACUCAUUGGCAUAUGCAAUGAGGGGCGGGGGGGCGGGGGGAGGGGGUUAGCCACUUACUUUUAGUUAACUGUGCUGAGGUUCCUGCUUUUAUUUUGAUUCAUCAAUCUGAGUUUCCGCUUUUUCAAAGUUUGUGUUGUGUAUUGUAUAGCUAUUUUCUUGCGUUAACUAGUCAGAAUUUACUCUGGCUCUGGCUGCGAACUCAGGUUAUUAUUCAUGUGAAUGUGAUCGAAUUGUAUCAUGUUUCAGGACUUGGCUCCUGUCCAAAAUCAGAUAUCGUAAAAACUCCUUGUAUCAUCUUAA